CUGAGUCGAUGCGUUCGGAUUGGGUUGUUGUCUCCUAGUAAGCGGCUCUCCACCCAUCAAAACCCCCCAGUGCCUGCUUUCUUCUCUCUCUCUACUCUCUCUCUAAAAAAUUCUAUGUAGAGAGAGAAAGACAACUGAAUUUCAGAAAAUAUGUCUCACUUUGUCUUUCAAGCGGCGCAAAUUCCCACUACUGCGAAUACGUUGCAAUUGAGGCCGAGUUUGCCGCCGAUUCCUCAACUCUUUCCGCGUCAGCCGAUCGCCGUCAAGAACUGGAAGAGUCUGACAGUCUUCUGCUCGUUAUCACCAUCUCCAGCAGUAGACGGGGAGUCUGUGUCGGCCUUGGAACGGUGCUUUAGAGCGCCCGCUGCGCCGGUUGAAAAGGUUUCGGCUGGUGAAUGGGGUCCGGCUAUGAAGGGACAGUACGGUUCGCUUGGGGCUGUCACUCUCGAGAAAGGAAAGCUGGAUUUGUCUCAGAAGCAAACCCAGUCUAACCCUGAGCUUGCAACUGGGGGAGGUGGUGGAGAUAUUGGGAAGAAAAUUUUCCAUGGUGGUGGUGAUGGAGGCGAUGAUGGAGGUGAUGACGACGACUACUUUGAUGACUUUGAUGAUGGUGAUGAGGGAGAUGAGGGUGGACUAUUCAGGAGAAGGAAAUUUCUUGAAGAGCUUUUUGAUCGCAAGUUUGUAGAUGCUGUAUUGAAUGAGUGGCAAAAGACAAUGAUGGAUUUGCCUGCUGGGUUCCGACAAGCUUAUGAAAUGGGCUUGGUCAGUUCCGCUCAAAUGGUGAAGUUUCUUGCAAUAAAUGCCAGACCCACCACUGCUAGGUUAAUAUCUAGAUCUAUCCCUGAGGCAAUGUCUAGGGCAUUUAUUGGCAGGAUGAUUGCAGAUCCUGCUUUUCUAUAUAAGCUUCUGUUGGAGCAGGCUGCUACAAUUGGUUGCUCUGUUUGGUGGGAGCUUAAAAAUCGAAAGGAUAGGGUUAAACAAGAAUGGGAUCUCGCACUUAUCAAUGUGCUCACCGCGUCAGCAUGCAAUGCCAUUGUUGUUUGGUCACUUGCUCCAUGUCGUUCCUACGGAAACACAUUCUCUUUUGAUUUGCAGAAUACAUUGCAAAAACUACCAAAUAACAUAUUUGAGAAGAGUUAUCCGCUCAGAGAAUUUGAUCUACAAAAGAGAGUCCACUCUUUCUUUUACAAGGCUGCAGAGUUGUGUAUGGUUGGAUUAACGGCAGGAGCGGUACAAGGCUCUUUGUCAAAUUGGUUAGCCUGCAGAAAGAAGGAUAAGCUAUCAGUGACAGUCCCUAGUGUCAGUACUAAUGCACUGGGGUAUGGUGCUUUCCUUGGACUUUAUGCAAAUUUGAGAUACCAGCUGCUAUGCGGUUUUGAUAGAGCAAUGAUCAGCCAUUUUGAUGUUCUCGGGGUGGCACUAUUUUUAAGUACUUCUUUGAGGAUUCUAAAUGUUCAAUUAGGAGAGACAUCAAGACGGGCUUGGUUAGGGCUGGAGGCAGACCCUCUGGUUCAUUCCGAUAACCUUUUGAAGGCUUAUAACCGACCCUCUGCAGAUGUUGCUGGAUCUUCUCCAAAAUGGUUAAUAUCGAAGAAUGCCAUUAUUUCUGGUCUUGGUCUCCUUGGCAUCAAGCAAGGAAAUGUUGGUGUUGAUGACGAAGCACAAGCUCCAAAGGCUCGAAGAAAGAGGAUUGUCCGGAAAAAGGUGACUGCCAGUUAAACAUAGUUUAGUUCAUGGUCACCUGCUCUGUCCAAUUUUGCUUGCAGACCAAAAUAGCCUCCACAACCCGCAUAAUCAAAGCCCUAAGUAAGUAGGAACAGAGGUAAUCAGAACUACAUUGUCUAUUUGUCUCUGGCAACCCUUAACCAGGACAGGAUUUAAUCGUGGGUACUAGGUGUUAUAAUUGUUAGGUGAAAGAGUAAUUUUUGGCGGGAUUUUUGGAUUACUCGACUCUUUUUGUUCUAAAAUACUAUUCUGAUUUCUGAAUCUCUGAUGGAUAAUAUGCUGCAUCCGAACUUGAUCUGUCAUUUUCAUUUCCUCCACAGUGAAUUGGAGGAUUCUUCUGUUAUUUCUUAAUAAAGGCAUUUUCUUUAGAAGGA